AUGACAAUAUUUGUAUCGGAUAGUAUAAAUGAUAUAUCUUCUGAUAUAACAGAAGAUGAUGACUAUCUUUUAGAUGGUGAAGAAUAUAAUGAUGAAUUUAAAUUAUUACCAAAUGCUAAAUGCUUAUUUGAUGAUUUUGAGUCGGAAUAUGCAAGUGUUGUAUGGAAACAUAUGAAGGAAGCACAUAAUUUCACUUGUUCAAAGUAUAUUUUUAGAGAUAAUGCAUAUGAUCGUGUAAUACUAGUAAAUUAUCUUAGAAAGUGCCAAAAUGAUAAUCUAGAUGUUGAGGAAGUAUGUAAUAAGAUAAAUGAAAAAAGUGAAUUUUGGGAUGAUGAAAGGUUUUGGAAAUUAACUUUAGAAAAUGACAGAUUAAUUUUAGAAGAGGAUUGUGAAGAGGAAUAUGAAGGAGAUGAUGAUAAUUGUAUGCCUAUAAAUAGUAAUGAUAAAUAUAGAAAUAUAUGCAUAUAUAGUGAAAUGACAACUGAAGAAGAGAAUAAAAUUUUAAAGAAGAAAAUAAAGUCAUUAUCAAAUAUUAUAGUAGAGCUUCAAAAAGUAAUUAAAAAUUCUGAAAAAAAAAACCUUGAAUCAUAUUCAUCUCAAUCUAAUAUAUCACUUACUAUUCCAAAUAUUGAAGAGAAACAUAUACCUUUACUAGAAUUUGAAAAUCGAUUACUUGAUUUUCCACUUGAAACAAAUAAAGAGUCAACAGAAAAAUUCAUUUAUGAAGAUGAGUCUUAUUUUAAUUCAUAUUCUCAUUUGGAUAUACAUAGAGAAAUGAUACUAGAUGAAGUAAGAACUAAUUCAUAUUUUAACUUUAUUACUAAUCCAAUAAAUUCCAAAUUUUACUUUAAAGACAAGAUAAUACUUGAUAUUGGUACAGGAACAGGAGUUUUGAGUAUAUUUGCAGCUAAAAGUGGAGCUAAAUGCAUAGCUGCAAUAGAUGCAGCUGAAAAUAUACUAGAAAAAGCUAAGGUAAUAGCUCAGAAAAAUGGUCUUUGUAAUAAAAUAAAUUUUAUAUAUGGUAAAUUAGAGAAUUUAGAUUUAUAUAUAAAUGGUAAUGAAGUUGUAGGUGUUUGUAAAGAAAGUAAGCCUCCAGAUAAAUAUCAAAAAUUUAAAUGUGAUGUUAUAAUAUCAGAAUGGAUGGGAUACUGUUUAUUAUAUGAAAGUAUGCUAUAUACUAUUUUAAAUGCACGUGAUAAGUAUCUAAAUUCUAUGGGAUAUAUAUUUCCAUCUUCUGUAUGCCUACAAAUAUGUCCAGCAGAUUACCACAAAAUGAUAGAUGAGUGUAUAGUACCAUGGAAUAAUAAGUUAUACGAUCUAGAUUUAAAAGAGUUGACUCCAUCACUUCAAUCUUUAACUGGGUCUCCUAUUGUAGAAAUUGUCCCAGUAGAAUUGUUGCGCUGUAGUGAAAUGACGAAUCUAACGAAGAUAGAUAUUAAAACUAUAACAGUAAAUGAGCUUCUAUCGUUAAGACAGCCAUUUAAAAUAAAUAUAGUGCCUAAGGAGACUGAGUUUGCAACUUCACUAGUUAUUUCAUUCACAACAGAAUUUAAUGUUGAGAAUGCUAACAAAAAUCAGAUCUUUCCAUUGAUUAUAGAAACUUCACCAUUUAAUAAGCCUACACAUUGGAAACAAACAGUACUACAUUUAAGAGGACCCAAUAAUACUCUACUAAAAGCAGUUGAUGUCUUAACUGGAUAUUUAACUAUUACUCCAAAUAUAACAAAUAAGAGGCAUAUAGACAUUUUAAUUGAAUUAUAUAACACUAAAACAGUGGACGGUAACCAUUAUCCUAUUAUAUCUAACCACUAUUCACUAAAUUAA